UUGUUUACGUCGGCCAUGUGACUGCUGCUAACUACGUCGCGGCCUUGCUCGUCGCUCGUCGCUCGUCGCUCGUCGCUCGCCGUUGCCGUGUCUAGUUGCGGCCACGUGUUUUCCAGUAUAAUCCAGUUAAGAGGCACCCGCCGGUGAGCAGGCCGGCGCCGCCUCUCGACGCACAGAGCCCUAGCGACCACUCACGAUCCGUCUGUGCGCAGGUCUCCGACGGAGGCAUAAGGAACCGGCCCGCUAAACCAGUCGCCGACAUGAAACCUCAAGACGACUACCGCAACGGAGACGUGUUUCAGUUUUUGAAACCUCAGUUCUAGCUGGCUUUGAGCUAUAUUGCUAGUUGCCGGGUCAUUGGUUCCCCAAUGCGAGGAGGACAGCGAGGCGGAGGAGGGAGGCGCGCCGGCCGCGCUCGAGGACGAGCUGUCGCUGCACGACGAAGCCGCGCCGGCGCGCGCGCUGGCCGCGCUCAAUGCGCUGCGCAAGUCGCGCCAGCACUACGACGUGCUGCUGCUGGCCGGCGGCGCCGAGCUGCCCGCGCACCGCGCCGUGCUGGCCGCCGCCUCGCCCUACCUGCUGGGCGUGCUGGCCGCGCCCGCGCCCGCCGCGCCCACUGCGCCCGCCUACCGCGUCGACGGCGUCGAGCCGGACGCGCUGCGCGAGCUGCUCGAGUACGUGUACACGGGCCGCCUGCGCGUGCCGGACGCGGCGGCCGCGCGCCGCCUCUACCGCGCCGCCUGGCGCCUGCGGCUCGAGACGGCGCGCGCGCACCUCGCCGACCGCCUGCUGCGCCGCCUCGCGCCCGCCGACUGCCUCGAGCUGCGCGCGCUGCCCGACCUCGCGCCGCACCACCUCGCGCAGCUCGACGCCUACAUCGCGCAGAACUUCGACGAGAUAUGCGAGAGCGGCGCGCUCGCGGCCCUUCCGCUGAUCCGGAUCGAAAUGCUGUGCGAGAGCAGCACCGAGGGCGACGAGGAGACUCCGGUCGCGGUCGCCGACGCGGUGUUGACGUGGCUGCGCGACCGGAACGCGGCCGACGUCGACCUGGAGGAGCUGUGCUCGCGGACGCACCUGCUGUUCGUGGACGCGCGCGGCGAGCUGCGCGACUGCGGCGAGCUGCCCGAGGAGCGCGGCGACGCGCCCGAGCUGCAGGAGUACCGGCGCGAGGCGGCCGAGCGCGGCCGCGCCGAGCGGCGGCGCGAGGCGCGUCCGCCGCCCGCGCUGGCGGCGCUGCAGCUGGGCGAGCGCGCGGCGCGCGCGGCGGCGGGCGGCGUGCUGGCGGUGCGCGGGCGGCGCGGCGCGGCCACGCGCGCGCUGCUGGCGCUGCGCGGGCGGCUGGCGGCGGCGCGCGUGGCGCGGCGCGGCGCGGCCGGCGUGCCGCGCGGCGCGCUGGGCGGCGAGGCGGGCGGCGAGCGGCGCGCGCACCUGGCGCGGCCGCGCUGCGCGCACGGCACGGCGGCGCUGGGCGGGCGGCUGCUGGUGUGCGGCGGCUACGACCGCGCGCGCGUGCUGCGGGACGCCGAGGCGUACGACGCCGCCGCCAACGCGUGGCGCGCGCUGCCCGCGCUGCGCUCGGCGCGCGCGCGCUUCCCGGCCGCGCGCCUGGGCUCCGCCGUGUACGUGCUCGGCGGCAGCGACGGCCACGCCGAGCUCGACUCGGUCGACGUGUACGAGGAGGCUGCGGACGGCGCGGGCGCCUGGCGGCCGGCGGCGCGGCUGCCGCUGGCGCGCUCGCACGCCGCCGCCGCCGUCGACGAGGAGCGCGGCGAGCUGUACGUGAUCGGCGGCUGGGCCGGCGGGCUCUGCCUCAAAACCGUCCACAAGUACUCGCCGGCGGACGACGCCUGGACCGAGGCGCCGUCGCUCAACAUUGGUCGGUCGCAGUGCGCGGGCGUGGCGUGGGAGGGCGCGCUGUGGGCGCUGGGCGGCUGCGACGCGUGGCACUGCCUGGCCUCCACCGAGGCGCUGCGGCCGGGCGGCGCGUGGCGCGCCGGGCCCGCGCUGCCCACGGCGCGCCGCUCGGUGGGCGGCGCCGUGUGGCGCGGCCGCCUCGUGUCGGCCGGCGGCUCGGACGGCGCCGCCUCGCUGCGCCGCACCGACUGGCUGGCGCCCGGCGCCGCCGACUGGCGCCCCGGGCCCGACCUGCGCCGCGCGCGCGCCGCGCUCGGCCUGGCCGUGCUGGCCGACGCGCUCUACGCCGCCGGCGGCUUCGACGGCAAGGAGUUCCUCUCGUGCGUCGAGUGUCUGUACGCGCCCGACGGCGAGUGGACCGCGCUGUGCGCGCCGCCGGCGCCGCGCGCCGCGCCGCCGCUCACGCCUGAGGAGCCGCAGCGGAACGGGGACGACGCGCAGUGACGAGCGCCGCCCGCCGCCACCCGCCCGGCGCCGGCCCCGGCCUAUAAGACAAUAUCCAUCCUGGCGCCGCCGUGACCGACGGUCUAGAAAGUUUUAGAAAAAUAUACGUCGCGACAUAUUCCAGUUGUUACUUAAGUUUUUGUACGUAUCGCGCGUGCCGCGGCCGGUUCGGUUCGUUUCGGUCGCCGAGAAUUCUGCGCGGAAAUAUAUUUUUAUAGAAGUCUACAGACCGUACCGUGAACCGAGUCCGGGUUCCUUCCAUGUAUCGAAGCGAUCUAGUUUAUAUAAUAUUUUGUAUCGUCUGUCGCGGUCGCACCGCUAGUGGAAUUUCGAUGUCGCCUUCGCCCGUGUAAUCCGAGUACCUACCUCAAAAUUAUAAGCGCCGAGUCGCGCGCCGCCGCGACCGCGACCGCGACCGGCCGCGGCGUCGCGCGACGCGGUCGCGUGUCGAUGCCUUUAAUCGCAUUUUUAUUGUACUAUUUGUCUGUGGCGUCGCAUCGCGGCGCCGUAUGUAUAUAUCGGCCUUUUAUAUACUUUUACUGUGGAAUUAUUAUACACUGAAAUUAACUAGACGGGAACAUUGCCGUCGAGAACGUUUUAUAUACGUAUAGAGCUAGUUGGUCCCUCGAUGUGUAAAAAAAUAACUAUUGUAACAUAAUAGCAAUAUAAUUAUUAUAGUGAUGUAAUGUGACACGAUGCUGUACGGCAACGCACCCGCCCGCUCCUGGCGCCGCACCGCCAGGCGUCCGGUCGAAGACUCGUUCAAAAAUGGUAUUUACAUAAUUGUCAAUGCAGAAAGUCUGUUUAUUUGUAUUGUAUUCAGUCUUAACAUAAAUAUAUAGUUUAUAAUCGUAUAUUUUAAUUAAAUAAUAAAAUAUUCAACACGAAAACCAAUCAAUUGUAUUAUGAUUGAAUGACUUCAGAAUCGACAUAAAUCGACGAUUAAUUCGAAUGGUUCCAAUAUGUUAGUCGGACCAUGUCAUUAGGUGAAUGGAGCCGCCGGCGGCUGGAGCUCGGCCGCGCGCCGCCGCCCGAUCUGUAUAUACCUUAUACUUAGUAGAAACGUUUUAACAGUAAUUUUAAAACGUGUAGAUGCUUUAUUGUGGUUUUACCCGUAUUCGGGGCCACUCGACACAUUCGAAGUGUAAUGUAAACUAGACCUUAGUUCUCUGACAAUCUCAACGCAUUGUGUGUGUAUUUUUCUUUAUUUUAUAUUAUUAUUUAUAAAAAAAAUAAUUGCCGCACGAAUGUAGCGAAUAUUAUACAGUUGUAUUUGCAUUUGAAUAGUCAUUACGAUGUAUUAUAAUCGUAUUAUUUAUUAUUAAUUUGAAUGCAGACGUUCCUACUGAGUUCAGGAAUAAAUGGAAAGCACAAGCUGGAUCAAAUCUGAAGUGAAGUAAAAACAUGUGGGACCACUUAAUGUAAUGCGACUGGCCCGUGACGGGCCGGUCGGGGCUUAGCCCUGGAGCGAUGCAAAAUGGUACACCAUAGCCUAUAGCAUUGUACCAUAGUUUGUAUGUAUCACUGUCAUGUACGAGCAAAUGUAACUUCAGCGUGCUCUGUAGUUUCCGCUAUAUACUUAAAUAACGAUUAAGUGCAUUUAUUGAGUGACACGAUCGCGCGCGGCCGAGCGGUGCGGUGCGAUGCGGUGCGUGCGGUCGUUUGCUUGACGAUACGAGUAUCACUAAAAGACACUAGUUGUAAACGUCGGCGCGCGCCGCCCGCGCUCUCUAGCGGCGGCGGCGGCGGCGGCGGCGGCGCGCCGAGCGCUGGCUGUGCGCCAGCUUCUAAUUGUAUUGUUUAUGUUUAACAGAAUAAAUUCCGUUUACUACUUACUAA